CGUUUACCAACACUACCACCUGCCAGAAAUCAGCUGUCUGUCGAAAUUCAACGGCUCCCAACAUUUUGCGGGAUUCCAUAUUUUUAAAUCUCUAAAGAAGCAGGACUACGGACGUUCAUAUAUCAAGAUUCAGUUUUCAACCAGUGGAAUCAUGCGUUUGCGGCGCCGUUUCAUUGCUGUCGCGGUUGCCGUAGUCGUCCUGUGGUUUAUAUUGCUCCUCAUGGGCUCGGGUAUAAUUAUGGACUUUGAUAGUCCUGGUCCUGGCUCCCAGGAUGAGCCUGUGGAGUUGCUCUGGUGGUCUCGUCACAUGUCCUGGAACUACGAUGUGGAACGCCAGUGCGGCAUAUACACUUGUCGCAUCACCAACAAGCGGAAACGCUUGAGAACAUCCAGGGGAGUGCUAUUCUACGGCUCGGAUUUGGAUGUUGGAGACUUCCCACUGCCUCGUCGCCCACAGCAUGUAUGGGCUUUGCUGCACGAGGAGUCGCCCAGGAAUGUGCCAUUCGUACCACACAACGAGUUCCUUCGCCACUUUCACGCCACCUCCACAUUCAGUCGCUUCAGCACCUUUCCCCUAACCACCCAGUACCUUCCAAGCGCCAUGGCGCUCACCUCGAAGGACUAUUUUGUUACGUUUGCCGGGAAAUCUUCAUCGGGAUAUCGCCCAUCAACGUCGGUGGUGUUCCUGCAGAGUGAUUGCGACACAAUGACCGGACGAGAGGACUACGUGAAGGAGUUGAUGAAAUAUGUGGAGGUGGAUUCCUACGGAGCUUGCCUUCAAAACAAGAAACUGCCAAAAAGCCUCCAAAAAGACUACCUAAACAAUCUAUAUUCGCCGGAGCUGUUAAAAUUUUUAUCUGGCUACAAGUUUAUGAUUGCCAUUGAGAACGCUGCUUGUCCGGAUUAUAUAACCGAAAAGUUUUGGCGUCCGCUGGUUAUGGGAGUUGUGCCUAUUUACUUUGGAUCGCCUACAAUAAAAUAUUGGGAACCAAACAAAAAAUCUGCCAUUUAUGUGGAUGACUUUCCACAUCCACGGGCAUUAGCCAAAUACCUGCACGAAGUGGCCGAUAAUGAGACUGAGUACGAUUCGUACAGAUUCCACAAAAUUAACUGGCAAAGCCCCAUUAAGAAUAAUAAUUUAAACUACAACUUGUUAACUCGUCGAUACCAUAUAGGAGAUACCUCUCCUGGAGGAAGUCUCUUCGAAAGAUUUGAGUGCUCAGUUUGCAGAUAUGUGAUAACCACCGCCAGGAACGUAAGGGCUGACAUUGCCCACUACGAUUGCCCCAUAGAACCGAUCUACGCCCAUUUGGAGUCACAGCAGGAGCCUGAGAAUGUUGGCGACUGGAGAUCCAUGAUGCAGGUGGGAAAGUGUCAAGCAAAAAUCCUAGACACAUUCUUUCGUCGCAAUUACAGCUAUACCAGAGCGGACUUUGAUGCUGAACUCAAUCGUAGAAUGGACAAAAGCGACUGCGCACCUUAAAAAUGUGUUUCAUUUAUUUAAAUAGUUUGACUGACGGCGACAAAUAGUUAACUCUGGUUUAAACCAAAAAAAUUGUGAUAAUCUAGAUUCUAGAAUUAUAAACUGGUAUAUUGUGAAAUAUUUUCACUCCUUCUCACUUUUCAAGUGUUCGUAAAUACAUUGACUAUUUCAACCUCAAA